UGCGCUCGGGUCAUUAGUUUUACGCGUUGCAACCGUACAGCAUACACUGUACAUAGAAUAUUAUAAACUAUAUAGACUACUACGCGGCGACGGGGCACGGCGUGACGGCGGCGGCGACGGAGCACGAUGACGGUGGCGGCGCGUUUUGAUAAAAAUAAAAAUAAAAAUAAAAAAAUAAAAUAAAACACUCGACCGAGCGAAAACCGCCGCUGCCGCCGCCGCCGCCGCGGUGCUGUACUACGCUGGCUGCAGUUCACCGAGUCGCCGCCGCGCACAGUCAUCCUUCAGUGUAGCUGCUUGUCGCGAGUCGGCCGGGUGUCUGGUGGUCGCUACAACCGAAAUCCGCGAUAGCACGCGUUCGCGACUACAUCGGUGGCUACUGUGUGUGUGUGUGUGCGUGUGCGUGCGCGUGUGAGCGAGUGUGUGUGUUCACGCGCGCGUCAGUGUACGAUCGUGUGCAUCGCGUACGCGUGAGAGGGUUGUGCGUAUGCGCGCGCGGUCACCGGUGUUUCUAUACACGAAUAAUACAAUAUUAUUAUAAAGCAAUACACCGGAGGUGGACGCCGCGGCGUGAACGGACGCGGCUUUCGCGAAUAUAUACACGUAAAAAUAAUAAAACGAGUAAACACAAUAUACGAAAAUCGAAUAAUUUCGCAUGGAAAAAAAAUAGACAGAUAUAAACCUGUACAUAUAUAUGUAAAUCGAGUGGAUUUCGGCGCGGCCCGUCGUCGCGGCUGCUGAAUAAUAUAAUAAUUAUUUUAUUUUAUUUCGCCGUCUCGUCUUUGGACUCCGGGGGAGACGACCGGGACGUCCGUGCACGCUUUGACGUUUCGGUGUGCCGGCGACGAUCAAAGACGACGUCGACAGUACAAUAGUGGCGACUGCGGCGGCGUGUACGGCGACCCGUGAGUAUGCUAUUUAUACGAGAACAACUGGACCGGCGGCGCUGCCGGUGAUACUGUCAUUCCACCGCACAGCAUGGCCUCGGUCGCCGCUUGGCUGCCGUUCGCCCGGGCGGCGGCCAUCGGUUGGGUGCCGAUCGCCACGCACCCACUGCCGCCGCCGCCGGUGCCCAAGGACCGGCGAAGAAUUGACGACGAGAAGCUACUGAUCAACGUCUCGGGGCGCCGGUUCGAGACAUGGCGGAACACGGUGGAGAAGUACCCGGACACGUUGCUCGGGUCCAACGAACGCGAGUUCUUCUACGACGAGGACUGCAAAGAGUACUUCUUCGACCGGGACCCGGACAUAUUCCGGCACAUACUCAACUACUACCGCACCGGCAAGCUGCACUACCCGAAGCACGAGUGUCUGACCAGCUACGACGAGGAGCUGGCGUUCUUCGGCAUACUGCCGGACGUCAUCGGCGACUGUUGUUACGAGGACUACCGGGACCGGAAGCGCGAGAACGCCGAGCGGCUGAUGGACGACAAGCUGUCGGAGAACGGCGACCAGAACCUGCCGCAGCUCACCAACAUCCGGCAGAAGAUGUGGCGGGCGUUCGGCAACCCGCACACGUCCACCGCGGCGCUCGUGUUCUACUACGUCACCGGUUUUUUCAUCGCCGUGUCCGUCAUGGCCAACGUGGUGGAGACGGUGCCGUGCGGCCACCGGCCCGGUCGCGUCGGCACGCUGCCGUGCGGCGAACGCUACAAGAUCGUGUUCUUCUGCCUGGACACGGCGUGCGUGAUGAUCUUCACCACGGAGUAUCUGUUGCGGUUGUUCGCCGCCCCGGACCGGUGCAAGUUCAUGCGCAGCGUCAUGAGCAUCAUCGACGUGGUGGCCAUCCUGCCGUACUACAUCGGCCUGGGCAUCACCGACAACGACGACGUGUCCGGCGCGUUCGUCACACUCCGCGUGUUCAGGGUGUUCCGGAUAUUCAAGUUCUCCCGGCACUCGCAGGGACUCCGCAUACUCGGCUACACGCUCAAGUCGUGCGCUUCCGAACUCGGAUUCUUGGUGUUCUCCCUGGCCAUGGCCAUUAUCAUAUUUGCCACGGUAAUGUUUUACGCCGAGAAGAACGUGGACGGUACGAACUUCACGUCCAUACCGGCCGCCUUCUGGUACACCAUCGUCACCAUGACCACGUUGGGGUAUGGUGACAUGGUACCAGAAACAAUAGCCGGAAAAAUUGUUGGUGGAGUGUGUUCACUCAGUGGAGUGCUUGUUAUCGCACUACCUGUACCAGUAAUCGUGUCUAAUUUCAGUCGAAUCUACCAUCAAAAUCAGCGAGCAGAUAAAAGAAAAGCUCAAAGAAAAGCACGGCUAGCUAGGAUAAGGAUAGCAAAGGCCUCUUCGGGUGCCGCAUUUGUAAGCAAAAAAAAAGCGGCUGAAGCCAGGAUGGCGGCUCAAGAAUCCGGGCUAGAGCUUGAUGAAAAUUACAGAGAAGAAGACAUAUUUGAACUGCAGCAUCAUCAUUUACUUCGAUGUUUGGAAAAAACGACUGAUAGAGAGUUUGUGGAGCUCGAAGUGCCAUAUAACGGUCAAUCAAAAAGGCCAUGCUCACCGUCUCCCCUACUGAGCCCUAGCCAUUCGGCAUUAAGCAGGGUGAACUUCUUAAGCUCAUGCUGUACAAGAUGCUGUAAUCAACGGUAUCAGCACAAGCGAGAGAGCUCGCCGGACUCGAUAGGAGAGCCCAUCAACGAGGAGGAGCUGAUCGAGGUGCAGAUGAAGCAGCGUCACACGUCCGCGGCGGCGGCGCCCGGCGGCGGCAAGUCGAGCAACUCGCUCGACUACAACAGCUGCGACAUGCCGUCCGCGUCCGCGGGCCACAAGUCGUCGGCCGCGGGUUCGCCGUCCUCGGCGUCCGCUUCGGCGGCCGCGACCACGGCGGUGGCCGGCAGCAGUGGCGGCGGCGGCGGCGUCGGGCCGGCCGGCGGCUCCACAUCCGUGGUGUCCGUGCACGGCUGCAACAACCCCAACUCGAGCACGUCGUCCGUCGUCGUCAACCUGCCCACGUCCUAUCCAAACUCGGAGAUGGACUACGGGUCGGCCUCGUACCCGCCGUCCCCGUCGCUGUCCUCCAACAACGACAAGCCGCAAGUGCGCAUCACGUUCCUCUAGCCGCCGUCCGACUCCGAACCACUACGUUGUAAUAUUAUUUUAUUGUUACGUUUUAUUAUUAUUAUUAUUAUUAUUAUUAUUAACCGUUCCAUUUCGUUUUUCGCUGCAGUCAUGCGCGCGUCGUUUCCCGUUUGUUCGUCUCGUCGCGUACACUUAUUCUGUCGUUUUACCGUAUCGUGUAUUGUUUUAAUAAUAUAGUACGUUUUACGGCCACGUGAUAAUAUUAAUAAUGAUAAUCGCCAUUAUUAAUAUCAUUAUCGUCGUUAUAUUAUUAUCGUUGUUAAUACUAUAUAUAUAUAUGUGUGUGUGUGUGUGUGUGUGUGUGUGUGUGUGUGUGUGUGUGUGUGUGUGUGUAUUAUAUUAUAUAUAGGUAUUUUACUUACCUGGCUAACCCUAAGUGUAUUAUUAUAGGCGCGUGCCCCUCCCCCCCCAAGUCAUUAGUCCGGCCUGUAGUCCCGUCGAGGGUGUGCGCGUUUCACAUAAACUGCAGUUUUGGUGUACCCAUAUAAAUAUUAAAAUAUAUGUCCUUUUAUAUAUAUAUAUACCUAGCUAGUUAGUCGACUCCGUCGCCGCCGCGAAAAUAACGUCACUCGCCGGUUUUAAGGUGUAGACACCGUUUUCAGACUUUGUCGGAGUGAUUGAGGACGAGGUGUCCGAUCACGUCAUCGUGUCCAUUGCCGACAAACGUAUCAUUCCGUUGGGAAUUCAAAAAUAAUAUGCCGUUUACUAAGAGAACGCUAUAUACUCGCAACAUGUGCGCGGUCGCCGUCCUACAAAUAUGAUAAAUAUUAAAUAACAAAUUCGAGUCGAGCAGAACCGAUCUCGUGUUGUCGGCUUUAAUACUGGAGUAAUGGAGUGAAUUGAAUCAUAGGCGUAACUAACCCUGAACUGAAGCCCACCCAAGCCCCCCCUCCCAGAAAUUUUGGAUAAAUUUAUGUGCAUAUAAACAUAUUAGUAUUAACUUUAUUUUUGCCUACAAUAUAACAAAAUAUAAUAAUAUGUUUUAUAUAAACGAAUAAACAUUCAAAUCAGUUGUAAACACCAAUAGAAACAAUAAAUAAUAAUCAAAUUAAAAAAAAUUUUCUAUAAAACAUUUUUAGGAAUUUAGCUCCCCCGGACUUAAAGGACUAGUUACACCUUUGAAUUGAAUUAAAAUUUCGAACAAGUUGAGCACAGAUAAUAUUCUUGACUUUGAUAUUAUUAGGUCAAUUAGCUUUAAUAUUAAAGCUAUAACAAUACACACAAUCGGAGACAACAUAUUCGGGUGUAGCGUCCUCUUGACAAUUUUUCAAAUACACACACACGUUUGUGCGAUACUUACGUCGUUACGAUUAUCUGCAUGACGACGACGACGACUACUGCUAUUAUGAUGAUGAUAAUACGCCUUGGCACUUAUGCGUAGGUAGGUACAUGACUCGCGUAGCAUUUUAAAAAUGUUUUUAAAAAAAACCAUGGGAGCUUUACAUUUAAUCUGUUUUCCUUCCCGUAUAAUGGUCGAAAUAUAAUUAUCUAUGCUAAUAUUAUUUUAUCGUGAAAAACAAAUUGUGUGACACCAUAGCCUUUUUUGUGUACCUAGUGACUACCUGUAGCUACCUACGCUCGUCAUAAAUUCUAUCCAGUCGACAUUGAACACCCACGCAGACGAACAACGGUUUGUCGCGUCAAGUCGUUCAUUCCGCCACCAGGAACAAACCCGCUACCCCACUCUCCCCACCCGUGUCCCACCACUAUCGAGCAUAUUAUAUAUACCUACUGGCUAUACACACAGUCCUUUCUGCGUAUAGAACAACGCAGUGAUUAAAAUAAUACGGCUUGUGUGCGAACCGAAUAAUGAAUACGUCUAACACGUAUGAUACAUAUAUACAAUUAUUAUUAUGUGCACGUGCGGAAUACAGUGUGGUAUCUGGUCGAACUUAGUCCCGGUCACAUCAACAAUUUCCGUCCACCCUGUGUGCAUGCAAUUUUAAUCGAGCAAAGUCCGAGUGGGGUUUGCACUAACAAUGCGGGGUUUGAAAUAAUAAUGCGUCAAGUAACAGCUGAAACCCGUCGACGGAGCUGCUCCUCGUCAUUACAUAUUUAAUCGUUAUUAGGGCCUAUUCAAAAACAUAUACCUACCCACUAAUUACUAUGUUACGACAAAACAAAAUUUUUUCAAACAUUAAUCGGGAGAAAUAUCGAUGAUUUCAUUUUCAUAUUCAAACAGACGAUCGAAACGGUAAUAGCUAUGGUUCUUAUUGUUCAAAAUUAUAAAACAAAAACUAUUACAACGUAUUUAAACAACGCAUACUAUUAAUUAUUAUAUCUUAAGUUCAAAAUGCAUCCACCGUAUAAUUAUUAAAUUCCAUUAUUCAACCAGUAGGUAUAUACUAAUCAGUUUAGAUACCUACGGCGGUAUCGCAUUCCCUUCUUGUUCGAUUAUUUUGUGAAAAAAAAUUUAAGUUUAAAAAUAAACAAUAACGCAAUAAAUUAUUGAUCCAUACAAAAAAUUCAAAUUUGUUAACUCAAUCAGAUGUGUUCAUAUUUUUCAGUUACAUAACUCAAAAUAUUUAAAAACAAAUUCAUUUUUAUCAGCCUCAAACUCUACGCCUCGACAGUUUAAUUGCAGUUUAUUACGUAUAUCAAAGCGAUUUGAUUUGUCUUUUCGUUCCACCAUUUAAAAUUUUAAAUCAGCCUACAAACUCCUUGUAGCGAUAUAAGUCUUGUAGAUAGAUGGAUGCCAUCCCCGUCCCAAUAGAUUAAAUUUUGGGAAUCUUAUCAUAUAUAUUCAAAUGUGUAGAUUUUGACAAAAUUCGUUAACUUUGACUGUUGUUUUGUAACAUAUAAUGGAUACGUAUAGGCAAAGGUAUAAUAUUCGCAGUUCAAUAAGCAUGAUGAUAAAUCAACUAAGUUCGCGUCAUAAUAUUAUGCAACGUGUAAAGAGUAAAUAAUAAUAAUUUUCUGUCAAGUUUAAUUUAUAAAACUAGUCUCUAAGUCAUAGUGGGUUUUGUUAAGGUUAUUUUCGGCCAAUAUUAAGUGUGAGGUACACAAAACGUGAGUUGUGAAGAAACGAGCGACACCAAAACGUCUGAUUUUAAUUUUCAAAGGACCUAGAUUUAUUAACAGUCAAAAGUUAUAUAGGUAAUACAUAAACUUUGAACAUUUUUUUUAUUAAUCUGUUACAUUUAAUCGUGGGUCUAUUGUUAUGAGGUUCUAAAUCGAUGUUUUUCAAAAAAGCACAUUUUUAAAAUUAAUUAGGAGAUACUUCUAUAGUUGUUUGUAGUUUAUGAUUGAUUCCUGUAAAUUUUAAAAUUAUUUUCAAUUAAAAAAUAUUAAUCACUAGAUAUCUACAUAAUUAAAAUUAUUAAGCCAAUGGACAAUCAGCUUACGUUUUAUUUACUAACUUACAUGUUCGAUCUUUUAUUAAAAAUAAAUAUAAUUUAUAGUAAAACGAUUGUUUUUACGUGACAGCAAAAUUUCAACAUUAUCUAAAUUAUAACUGAUCACUUUUAUAAUUUUUAAUUUUUAUUAAGACCUUAACACUUAUAGGUACGUAUUGAAUAUGUAGCGAUAUAUUUUUCUUAAAUAUUUGUUGACUUUUAAAUCAUAACAGCUAAACUAAACUAAAUAAAACUUAUUAUAAAAUGUAUUUGUCCAAACGUUAUUAUAUUAUAUUUUAGAAUUAAGUAUAUAGUCUAUAUCGUUUUUAAUGUGCAGAGAAAUUAUUUAUUUUAUGGGCAUACGUGAUUUUGCUGAUGAUCUAACAAAACCUGGAAUUGGAGUAUAUAUUAACUUAAAACGAUAGGUAUGUUCUUUCAGUAAUGGUGUAUUGUAAGAAAAUUUAUAUUUGUAAACAAUAGAAUUAUACCUAUGAACCUAUGUAUUAUUAUCAAGUUUUGAAAGUGCUCUUUGGAUAUACAAAAAUCGAUUUAGAACCCUUUUAUAUUUUUUAUACACGACCCAAGAAAUGUUAUCGACUAGAAUUAAAAAUUAGGACAAAUUCCAAAACAAUGUGGUUUAUUGGCACAUUGCCCUCGAUGUGCAUAUUUUAAUUUACUUUACUUAUCCCAUGUAACACCUGUUCUCGCCAAGGACUCUGGGCAGUGGGCACCAGUUAUAUUAUAUUUCUGUUACAUUACUAGGCUGUCCAUAUUUUGUAAAUAUAUUAUGAUUAUUAUUUUUUUAUUACUUUAUUUAUAAAUUAAAUUAUUACGACCGUGUAAAAAAUUUAACGUCGAUUUAAUACAAACCAUCAAUUAUCUUUAUUAUAGAUCCUGAGCGGGAGCAAAGAAGCUAUUAGUUUUACAAUUAUGUGUUUUAUUUUUUUUUCAAAAACGCUUUCUUUUUUAUUAAGGCUCCAUAAAUUGCAUGUGUGUUUAUCGAUUUUACAUUGUACCCAGAUGGUACUUUGGGUUUGUCAAAAGUGAGAAAUUCCCAAGAAAUUAUAUAGAAAAUUGCGAAAGACUGCAAAAGCAUCAUUCGACCUAUUUGUUCUCGACAUUAUUAAAGCAUAUAUUUAUUAUCAUAAUACUUUGAUCAUACCUACCGAUAGCUGUUCCUAUAUUAUAAUAAUAUAUUCACCAAACUUUUGUAACAUAUAUUUAUAAUAUACCAACAUUCAAACCUAAUAAUAAUAUUUAAUUUUACGAUAAGUCUGUACAGUUGUCAUAUUAUUACUAUAAUAAAUAAUAGAUCCACAAUAAAAUGUUUACUUCGUAAUUUAUUGUAAUAUCUUGAUUGAUAAUAAUAUAAAACAUUUUCGUCGAUUAUAGAAUCAACUAAUUACCUACUCAAAUUUUGUGAUUAAAAAAUUGUAAUUAUUUAAUAUUAUAGUUAGGUAUAUCAUAUAUUAAAUAUUUUUAAAACUCGAGAUAUAAUCUUAUGUUACAUAAUAAUAUAAUACAUGCUCUACUUUUUGUAUGUAUUAGAAAUUUUUCCCUGAACACAUAGGUCAAAAUGAUGGUUAUUACUUAUACUAAUUAUUAAAUGUCAAUAUAAUAUGUCUCAAUAAUGACAAAUUAAAAACACCAUGUUUUGAUCAUAUCGAACAGUAAUAUUAGAGGUAUAUUUAUUUUUAAUUAGUGGCUAAUUUAUUGCUAAAAAAAAAUGUACACAAAUGUGUAAAAAAACCAAAAAAAACUACCUAUUUUUAAAGAAACGAAACAGUUUACGUGGCAAAACACUUAUAAUACGAAUUGAUAUAGAAUAACACAAUCAUAAUAUUAUUAGAAUAAAAAACGACGCUACGUAACAAUUGAAUUGGAUCCCAAACUAAAAACGAUCUUUUUAAACAUCUAUAAUUGUGCCGAAGCAUGUGUGUAGUAGAUUAAAAUAAGCGUUUAAAUGAAAAUAUUCUAAAUCUCUUUUUUUUUAAUUAUUAUAAUUGAUAUUGAACGUAACGUCUGUCUGUCCAUAUCUACGAGUUUGUUGUACGAUAUAUUUGAGUCUUCUAGAUCUUAAAAGGGUCAUUAUUAUAUAUGUUAUAUAUUAUUAUAUUAUAUGAAAUUAAAUUAAACCAUCAAAAUAAAUAUAAUACUAUUCAUAACAAACAUUUUAUAUCAUAUAUAUCAUAAUAAUUGUCAUCGUUCUUGUUUAAAAUCGUUAGUUUUUUUCUUAUUAGUAUUUUUUAUUACUUGCGCUAACUCUCGAGUAGAUAAAAAAAAUAUAUAUAUUAAUAUAUAAAUAAUACAUAAAAUGAAUGUAUUAUAGAUAGAUACUAUUUAGCUAUAGAUCACCUGAAUCAUUAAACAGUUUAAACGCGUAACAGCCAACAGGUGUGUUUUCCAUUGUCUAUUGGACAUAAAUUGUUCAAUUGAACAUCUUUUAGGUAAAAUUUGUUAAUCUUUUUUAGACUUGUAUUAAUAAAAUAAUGGAUCAUGAAUAACUAUUAUUAUAUGCCUAUAACAUGUAAAAACAGUUUAAACAAGCAAACUAUCUAAUUUUUAACAGCGCAUUCAUUAUUAUAAUUAUUAUUGUUAACAGAUAAUAUUGAUGCAUUUAUGUUUUAAACAAUAUUAGAAAGACGAACAAAUUUAUUAAUGUUAAAAUUAAUUAUAUUUAUUAUUAUUAUUAUUAUUAUUAUUAUUAUUACAACAACCACUACUACUUCUACUACUAUUACUACUAUUACUACUAUUACUACUAUUACUACAACUACUACUACUACUACUACUACUACUACUACUACUACUACUACUACUACUUCUACUACUACUACCAAGGUCCACCUAUAUCCACCUAUAUAUCCACCUUGACUACUACUACUACUAUUACUAUUACUACUACUACUACUACUAUUACUAUUACUACUACUACAACAACAACAACAAUUACUACUAUUACUACUACUACUAUUAUAUCAGGGUGUUUUAAGAUAUUCUGGCCAAAUUAUUUAACAACAUCGGUUUUAAAAGCAUAUAUUAUAUCCUUUUGUGGAUUUUUACUUGAUAUCAAAUAUCUAUCGAACAAAACGUAUUUUUAUCAUACGAUCCAACUCAGUUUAUUACAUACUACCUACAUUUUUACGUAAAUAAAAUCAUUUAUUUUUAUUUAUACAUAAUAUGUGUGUGUGUAUAUAAUAUAUACCUAUACUGCUAUAGUAUACCUAAAUUAUACGUGCAAUUUAAAUUUAAAAUACCUAUAAGUUACUUUUCUACGUUAAAGUCUGCUUAGCUUCUUGCAUUACACCUUUAUAACAGUACCUAUUUAAAUAGAUAUCCAUAGAAAAUUUUUUUUAAGCCUAAUAAUUUCUAAAUGAAUUAACUUGUCUUCGUGCAUAGUUUGGCCAGGAUUGUCUGAAACAUUUGUCAGCUUGGCCCGAAAAGUUUUGAACGUUAUUAAUAAAUCCAAUCAAAUAACUGUUAAUAAAACUGUUUUAACAUUGUUUUAAUAUAUUAAAUUUAUACAAUUUGAUCAAAUGUACUAUGUAUUAUUAUUUUUAAUGAUUGGUUAAUUGAUCAAAUUAUAUUAGAUACAUUUGUCAGUCAUCUUUUCGGACCAUUCUGAUUAUUUUUCAUCAAUAUAGUCGUUUGUAUUACAUUCAAUUUGUUUAAGCAUGGUAAACAACUAAAUGAAAAAAAAAAAAGUUUUUUUUUUUUAUAAAUAAGCAAGUUACAAAUUGUUUAUAAAAUAUAUUAUACAACAGCUAAAUGGUAUAGAUUGUUUUUAAAAAUGCGAAUUUAGAAGUGGUUAUUUCGUUUUAAUAAAAAAAAAAUUCCUGAAAA